GCUGACUUUCUCACUCCGUAACGAGAGAAUCAAGAUCUAUCUUUAGAGGUUACAUUAAAUUACGCUUUCGUUUGAGGUUAAUGUUAAAACAUCAUCAUUCACUGUAAUCUUAAAAGAGUUCUUUAAUAACGCACUAUGACAUCUAAAAUAACUUUUAAAAUAACUCUGACUUCGGAUCCAAAACUACCGUUUAAAGUACUGAGUGUACCAGAAACUACACCAUUUACUGCUGUAUUGAAAUUUGCUGCUGAAGAAUUUAAAGUAGCAGCAGCAACAUCAGCUAUUAUAACUGAUGAUGGAAUUGGUAUUAAUCCACAGCAAACUGCAGGUAACGUGUUUCUUAAACAUGGAUCUGAACUAAGAUUGAUUCCUAGAGAUCGAGUUGGCAAGGCUAGAUUACUCAAAACGUUCAAUCGUAAUUCCACUACAUUCUUUAUACAAAUAUUUAAAUAAUAACGUAUUGAAAUUAAUUCUAAUAAAUGACAUUUAUAU